CAGUCAGUCAGUCAGCAAGCAGUGAGCUGUCACCUCCCACGGGCCCGGCAGUCGUCUGGUACCACCCGGCCACUUUGAACGUCUCCUUCCCGCCGGCUGACUCCUGUCAUGGGAGCCCUGGAGAGCAGGCCUCUCCUCACCGGCUCCGUCUAAAGGCUGGGGGCCGUGACAGCUAGCUUCCUGCUAGCUUAGCUAUGUGAGUUAGCCGCUCCAUCCGCCGACCAAACUCAACUAAAUCCUCGCUAGGUGGACUUUUUGAGGAUACCUCUUUCAUUCCCCGCCAGCCCAGCACUUUCAUUCAAGAGGCUUUUUGUUUAUUUUUUAUUUUUCUCAACCCAAGCCACAUUUGAGCUACUCCAGCAACGGAUGUCCCAGUGAACGGAUGCGUGAGGACAUGUCCACCAUGGUGUGCGUGAAGGCGGAGGAGGACCCUGGCGAGAAACUGUCCCAGGAUGAGAUCAUCUCCCGGACCAAGCAGGUGAUUCAUGGCCUGGACGCCCUGAAGCAGGAGCACCACUCCAUCCUGGAGGGCCUUCUGGGAACGCUCCGCUGCCUCAAGCAGGACGAGGAGAGCGUGCUGGUGGAGGAAAAGUCGCACAUGAUCCGAAAGUCCCUGGAGAUGCUGGACCUUGGACUUGGUGAGGCACAGGUGAUGAUGGCUCUGUCGAACCACCUGAGCUCGGUGGAAUCGGAGAAGCAGAAGCUGCGGGCUCAGGUGCGCCGCCUGUGCCAGGAGAACCAGUGGCUGAGGGACGAGCUGGCCGGGACGCAGCAGAAGCUGCAGAAAAGCGAGCAGAGCGUGGCCCAGCUGGAGGAGGAGAAGAAGCACCUGGAGUUCAUGAACCAGCUGAAGAAGUACGACGAGGACUUGUCCCCUACUGAAGAGAAGAGCUCAGACUCCAGCAAAGAGACUCUGGAUGACCUCUUCCCAGAUGACCAUGAUGACCAAGGUCCAGGCAUGCAGACAGCUCACGGCAGCGCAGCCGCGGCCGCCGCCCAGCAGGGCGGCUACGAGAUCCCGGCCCGCCUGAGGACCCUCCACAACCUGGUCAUCCAGUACGCCUCCCAAGGCAGGUACGAGGUGGCCGUGCCCCUCUGCAAACAGGCCCUGGAGGACCUAGAGAAGACCUCCGGACACGACCACCCGGACGUGGCCACCAUGCUGAACAUCCUGGCGCUUGUCUACAGAGAUCAGAACAAAUACAAGGAGGCCGCCAACCUGCUGAAUGACGCCCUGGCCAUCAGGGAGAAGACUUUGGGCCGGGACCACCCUGCUGUUGCCGCCACCCUCAAUAACCUGGCCGUGCUGUACGGGAAGAGAGGCAAGUAUAAGGAGGCGGAGCCUCUGUGCAAGCGAGCGCUGGAGAUCAGAGAGAAGGUGCUGGGAAAAGACCACCCGGAUGUGGCCAAGCAGCUUAAUAACCUGGCCCUGCUGUGUCAGAACCAGGGCAAGUACGAGGAGGUUGAGUACUACUACAUGAGAGCACUGGAGAUCUAUCAGACCAAACUGGGGCCCGACGACCCCAAUGUGGCUAAAACCAAGAAUAACUUGGCCUCCUGCUACCUCAAGCAGGGCAAGUUCAAGCAGGCGGAGACUCUUUACAAAGAAAUCCUCACCCGGGCCCACGAGCGAGAGUUUGGCUCGGUUGACGGUGAGAACAAACCAAUUUGGAUGCACGCCGAGGAGAGAGAGGAACAAAGCAAGGGGAAGCAGAAAGACGGCUCGCCUUUCGGAGAGUACGGCGGCUGGUACAAAGCUUGUAAAGUUGACAGCCCCACGGUCACCACCACCCUGAAGAACCUGGGCGCGCUCUACAAGCGGCAGGGCAAGUUUGAGGCCGCCGAGACCCUGGAGGAAGCUGCCAUGCGUUCCAGGAAGCAGGGCCUGGACACGGCGCACAAGCAGCGCGUGGCCGACGUCCUCAGCGAGCCAGAGGCCCGCGAGAAGCAGCGCAGCCGAGAGAGCUUGACCUCGGACACGGUCAAGUAUGAGAGCGGGCCUGACGGCGGCGAGGAAGUGAGUAUGAGCGUGGAGUGGAACGGGGACGGCUCGGGAGCGUUGAAGAGGAGCGGCUCCUUCAGCAAACUGCGAGCAUCCAUUCGCCGCAGCAGCGAGAAGCUCGUGCGCAAGCUGAAGGGCGGCGGCGGCUCGUCUCGGGAAAGCGAGCCCAAAAACCCCGGAAAAAAGAGAAGUAAGAAGAAUGUGGUAAAGACAGAAGAAGGAACAGGGGUGCUCCCAGAUCUGAGACCCAUACCUGACUGUGCAACAAUACUGAAAAGUCAAGCUGGCAUAACGGUCUACAGUUAUGUAGGGGAGCCCUGGAACCUGGAUGGUCAUGGACUGUUGAUCUUGACCGACUCCCAACUGAAUCCUCACCUGAAGAGGUUUCAGGUACAGUUAGUCUCGAUUGUGGGCAAAGGAUAUGAGAAAGAGAGGGCGGCGAUGCGACGAGGAGAUGGUCGCCGGGGCCGUUAUGACGGUCAGAUGACGAGUGGAGGAGAGUCAGCUUACUAUGGAAUGAUACAUUUGCUGUUAAAAGGAUUCGGCUCUGAGGGGUGUGACAUGUAUAUAAUGGAGGAAGCACUGGAAGAAGGAAUACGGUACGCCGGCAGGCUGGAAAUGUACAGGGUCGUUGUCUGCCUCGAUGGGUUGAGGUCUGGAAACCUGCCGUGGAAUGUGGUAGAGGAGGCGGUGACCAGAGGGCUGAACGGAGCGGUGUUCACCUAUCUUGGAAUGACUCCAGUCUGGGAACAUGUAAAGGAGAUCGUGAUCAUCACCUCCGAGAAGCAAGACCAGGAGCGCCGAGAGGCGCUGGUGAGACCGCUGAGAAAGACUGAGGAGCUAUAUACGAUUUGAUGCACACUACCCAUCACCAGGAGACACAACGCCAUUCUGUAGAUCGCAGCCUAAGGCUGGCGAGGGGGUGUUCUCGACGCGCGGAAUACAUCAGACGAGGAAGCAGAGGACUCGGUUAAUGGGAAACCUGACCCAGGCCGUAGAGCUAAGGUCAGGAAAAAGAGUGGGAGUUAAGACGGUUCCCAUGUAUUCGGUGGGGAAAACUUCAGAAAAGAUGGCUAGAGACCUUAGCCUUGGGACCAUAGAGACCAAAGAUGGAAGAAUAACCUACAUGCCUGAAGUAGGGCAAACGGAUCAUAAUGUGCCAGAGGCUUGGAAGAGUGAUCUGGGCAAAGACAUGACUCUAAAACAGACCUGGGCAAAUUAAGGCCCGGGGCCACAUGCGGACCGUUAAGCUUUUCAGUCUGGCCCGCCGGACAUUCCCAGAUAAUUUUUUUAGAUCUUUAAGAUACAAAGUGUAGCUGCCAUUAUGAUGUGCAGUGAUGUUUUCUAAUGACCGUAAGUCUUGAACUAUACAAAGUAUUUCAAUGGUUGGAAUCUGCGCUUAUUAAUGAUAUACCAGUUACUAUGGUAAUCAUUAGUUACUAUGGUCAUCUAAUUAGUUCUGGUAAUCUACGUCACAGCAGCUCAGACGAGGCACCAAGCAGUGUGGACGGGAAGCGUUUCCACAGAGGUGGAAGGAGCUUUUCACAACAAAGUUCUGAAGCUUAGUGAUAUAUCAGAUUGUAGGUGGGUUUAUUGUGUACCCUUCGCGUUCAUAUUUCACUGUUUGUUGCAUUUUUGUUGCGUUUCACUUGAUUGUAAAAUGUCGAUCGAAAGGGGGUGUGACAUUCAUAUUUUGUCAAUAUUCAUUGUUUUAUCGUUCAUAGAAAAAUGUAACAUUCCAUUACGUUUUUUACGACGGUCUGUCAUAACGUUUUUAGCAUUCAGUCAGACAUUAUUGUGAAGUUUUGUAUUAGUGUCCCUAAAAGUAGGUAUACCGGUCCCCAGACACAUUUUUUUCUCUAAAUGUGGCCCCCGAGUCAAAAUAAUUGCCCAGGCCUGCUCUAAAAGUUAGAGCGAGCCAAGGUGAGUGGGCUAAUUUUCUGAUAGCCUCCUUUUAUGGCUCCCUCUGGGCGGAGAAAGAUCUGACAAGCAACUUCAGAACAUCCUUUCUGGCCAUCACUCAUGAUGUGACGCUCCGACGGCUGAAGAAGGCGGCCUACAAGGAGGCUAAAGAGCUGGAGGUGAAGUGGCCGGAGAUAUGGGCCAGCGAGGAGGAGAAAGAAGCUGAUCAACCACAACAGGACAGUCUCCCUCCACCCAGUUGUCCAGCUCUGGGACGGAGUGUUUCCUUGCCAGAUGCAUCAAUGGGAUAUACUGAACUUAAGAAGGUGAAACACUUGGUGCCAGCCAGAGAGAAGGAGCAAGAACAUCCAUCCAUCCAUUUUCUACCGCUUAUUCCCUUCGGGGAAGGAGGAAGACAUGCAGGAAUAUCUGAAGAGCAGCUGGUCACUAGUCAAGAAUGCAACGAGCAAUGACAAGGCGCAGCGGCUGUGGUUGAUAAGCACCACAGGGCAGAUCCUGAGUGCAGAGGCGACAGCAGAUGAGCACUGUCGGCGGAUGGGGCUAGAAGGGGCGGACGAUGUGGACUCCAAGCUGGAGUUGGCUCGAAAACAGCUUGAAAAGGGUCAGCCGCUGAAGCAAGUCUGGUACAGUCUGAGGAAGUCGAUACCUCUGGCCUAGUGGGUGAAAACUCUCCGGGGAUUAACCGGGGGGUUGAGGGAUCAAAUGGACUUUGUGACGAUGGAUCUGAGUACCACCACGCCGGAGCAGAUGGACGAAGCUGUACGGAACUGGGACAUACAGCGGCAGUACCAGGAAAAGAAGCGAGUUGAAGGUGCCCUGCGAAAGGCAGUGAGACGGAGCCACCAGCGACACUGAGGGCUCCAGCGCCGGCAGGGACCAGGAGGGACCGCAACUACAACCAGCAGAAGGGACCAGCUCGAAAGGAGCAGCACCAGCGGCCCUCGAAUUGUCCGCCACAGAGGGAACGAGACCAGCCACCGUCAGAGCGAGCGAAAGCGCCACAGAAGAAAGGGGAUUACCUGCUGCUUGAGGAACACAACAAGUUGACACCUGAACGGAAAAGUGCCCUCCGUGAAGCAAGGAAGUUUGCCAACGGAGGGUCGGAGAAUUGAUGGCCGCAAAGGCUUGGGUCACCCUGGAACGUGUACAGGGUGGAGGACAAAAUCUACACAAACAUAGAUGGAGUCCCCUACCAAGUGGAUACAGGGGCUGAGGUGUCCAUGACCCGUAAAAAAAGUCUAAUGGAUGCCUCAAAGUUCAACUGGCAGACGGAUCUAUUACUGAGGUCCCCUAUGCAUACUUGCCAACCCUCACAAAUUUUCCGGGAGACUCUCGAAUUUCAGUGCCUCUCCCGAAAAUCUCCCGGGACAACCAUUCUCCCGAAUUUCUCCCGAUUUCCAGCCGGACAACAGGCACACGCCCCCUCCAGGUCCAUGCGGACCUGAGUGAGGACAGCCUGUCGUCACGUCCGCUAUUUUUCCAUAUAAACAGCGUGCCGGCCCAGUCACGUCAUAACAUCUACGGCUUUUGGAGAGUGCACAACUGCGCACACAACAACAAGAAGUCGAAACAGAAGAACGAAGAAGAGACAGUCAUGGCGACGACGAUUGACAGAGAAUAGAACGAGGAUGGACCAUUCAACCCUAAACUCACUCCUCCCCUGCAAAUUAAAUUUCACAGAUGCUGCCCAUACUUAUGCUCCUUCAAAGACUGUGCUACUGGCUGCAAAGCAGUGCACUUUCAACAAUGAGUGUUAUGUGUGUGUAUAUGUGUAAAUAA